UCUGCACUGGCUGCCGUCAGCACGCGGAGUCUGAACGGCGAGGCGUAACUGUUACUCCACAAAACCGUGUGUUGACACGCUAGACAUGAAACUGUCGCUUUGGAUAUAGGACUGUCCUAAAAGCCCAGAUGACAAGCCUUAACCCAGAGCGAAACGGUAGGAGUAUGAAUCUUCUCCGGACUGCGAAAGCUGCGCUGGGCUAGAGCUGGACUCAAAUAAACAGGUGACUUUCACAUUGGAUUCUUAAACAUCUGAUUCUUGCUGGUAAAGCAAGAUAAAGACAGAGAGAGGGUUGAACAUCUGCUGAACACAUCAGCGGAAGCCUGUCACCAGGUGGGCUGUAUGCUGUGGCUUUGGAGACGGAGCCAGAGGACUUCUUUAUGCCCACAGGCCUCGGCUGUCCAAAGGGGGGAUGAUCUGGAGUGCUGCACACAGGCCUAUCAUUAGGCCAUUGGGGCCCAUGCUAAGGAAUGGAUAGUUAUGCUGCUAAAUGUUAGUGUAACUUCCCUUUAACAAUGGGCACCGGUGAAGUAUUGAUAUGAAAAUCCUUUUUUUCCUUGGAAUCAGCUAAAGCAGCAGUUGAGGCUAAGCAAAGCAACUAUUAUUUGCUUUUUAGGAUUUAUAUUAUUUGACAUUUUUAUAUAAAUGUGUCUACAUAGCAUUUAUUAUUUUUAGGUGGCUAGCGUUAUAUUACAAAGCAGACUUUUGGAUUUAUGAACAAAGAAAGACCAUGGCGGCUACCUAUAGCAUUGUGGUCAGCAGUAUUAACUGUUAUAACAGCGUUGUGAUUGACCGUCGUGUCCAGCACACUGUACACUACUGUAAUGGGCCCUGUGGUGCACUAAAACAUGGACUAAACUGCACAGUGGCUCACCGCAGCACUUGUGCGGAACUUCUUGAUACCCCCAUAUCUAGAGCCUGCUCUGACCGGCCCAUCAGCAUUCAUGAGUCCAAAACGAUGGAGAAUGGCAACACUGGACUUGGUGCUUUCUGCGAUGACUACCACCAGGUCAUCCCCAGAGUUAAGAAAGGAUCUGCCAUCCAAAGCUCAGCAAGCCUCAAGGAUAUUACAGGGGAAGCUAUCAACCUGGCCAGUGGAAAAAUCAAGGAGUUUUCUUUUGAGAAAAUCAAAUACUCUUCCAGCCACGUGACUUUCAGAAAGGGCCGUAAGGUUCGGCCGGACUCCUUCAGCAGGAGGUCCACUGAUCUAGACAUCAUCUAUGGCCAGUUCACAGGCAAUGAUGAGAAUUGUCCUCCAUUUGGCCUGUUUCAGAAAUCUGUACUCGAAGAGCAUAAGCUAAGUCGCAGUGCAUCCCUAGAGCAGAACCUAAACAAUGUGGCCACGCUCUAUCUGAAUAGCCUCACCGAGGAGAACUUAAUUACCCGCAUACUGGAGAAGACCAAGGCAGACAGCAGUGCCUCAGGAGAAGACAUUAAAGCCUGUCUGGACAUUCUCCUCAAGUGCUCGGAAGAUCUGAAGAAGUGCACAGACAUCAUCAAACAGUGCAUCAAAAGGAAGUCGAUGGGUGGAAGCAGCGACGACUCAGGGAACCCUGAAGUAAUUUAUAAAAAUGUGAUGGCUCGCCUCUCCAACUAUCUGAAGAGGCUUCCUCUUGAACUGGAACAGGGGCAAAGUGUGAGGCAGGAGCACAGCGAGCUUGCUGAACUAGUCAACAGCAUACACGGGCUGCAGCAAAUCCCUUUCUCCCCCAUCUUUGGCAAUGAGCAACCUCCGCGCUACGAGGACGUUGUUCAGUCUCCUCCGCCCACAAAGCCUCGAGCUAAACCCUCCCAGCCAGAACCUCCAGAAGGCUCUAGGGAUCUUGCAGGCAGUGUGAAACCCAUUCAGAGCCCCCCUGGUUUGUCAGCACGUACACCUCCAUCAACUAAUGGGUUCCCACAUGGCAGCUUGCCUUCAGCCUCCAGUAGCGGUUCAACGCCUUAUAUCUGCCACCACACAGUCUCAACCAGCCGACCGGACACAUUUUCUUCCACAAACUCUCUCUUAUCUAGUAGUAGCGAAAGCCUCUGUAAGGAUGCCAUGGAAGCUCUGUAUAUCGAGGAGGAGGAUUCGGAUGUGGGAAGGAUGCCGGACAGGGCAGUUAAAGGGGAUGGGAAGCACAGCUGUAGUAUUUCGGAGUCCAGAUCAUUCUCCAAAAGACCCACUGGCUAUUCUGAACCUAGUGGUGGUGUUUCAGAAAAACUUCAUGAACUUAGCAGAAAUGAAACUGUGUUCAAGCCUAAAAACGACUUGACGGUCAACCAGAUGUACUUGCCAAAAAGCACAGAUUCCAGACUGUUCUCUAGGUCAACCUCGCACAUUAAUAAAGGGGGAGCCGAUGACAUUGAUAAACUGCUGAUGGACCUGGAGUGUCUUUCCCAAAACAUGCAAAAGGAACCUCCACUGCCCCCUAAACUUAAAAACUGUGCCCAGCAGACUGGCUUCCCCCAGCAUUUGAUUGGUUGCUCUGCUAAAGAUAUGCCAGUGGCCGGUGUGUCUGGACCCUUGGUGACCAAGCCCUCUGAAACAGCAGUUGAGGCCACCGAAGAGGAUGAUGGAGCUCUGCUGCUCAGGAUUCUUGAGAGCAUUGAGAGCUUUGCUCAGGAGCUGGUGGAGAGUGGAGCUGGGAGAGGAACCCAGUCUAAGGAGCGAGAGGUCAUGCGUCUUCUCCAGGACACACUGGCCAGCACCAAAGCAGAGGUGGCUCCCCUCCCGCUGCCUGUACCUCCAUCUGAGACUGCAUCUACACCUGCACAAACACCUAAAUGCAAACCUACACCAAUACCCUCAAGUGCACCUGCUGCUAUACAAAUCCCUACUUCUACUGUAAGGGACACGGGCUCAACACUUCUCAUUCAACAGACGCCCGAAGUCAUCAGGAUCCAGCCUGAGAAGAAACCUGGAACACCUCCUCCAGCUCUAGCACCUGCACCCUCUUCGCCAACCCCACGGACGCCCAGCCCUCCGCCAGCCAAAGUGGUGGCCACGCCCCCACCCUCCUCCAUAAACAUUCCACGCUUCUACUUCCCCAAAGGCCUUCCAAACUGUGCAGCCAACUAUGAUGAGGCCAUUGCCAAAAUCGAGGCAGCCUUCACAGAGUUCGAGGAGGAGAAAGCUGACAUUUAUGAAAUGGGCAAGAUAGCAAAGGCAUGUGGGUGUCCCCUCUAUUGGAAAGCACCCAUGUUUAUUUGUGCUGGUGGAGAGAGGACAGGUUUUGUUUCUGUUCACUCAUUCAUUGCAACAUGGAGAAAGUUAUUACACGGCUGCUAUGAUGAUGCAUCCAAGUUUGUUUACUUGCUAGCCAAACCAGGCUGCAAUUACCUGGAACAAGAAGAUUUCAUCCCUCUGUUACAGGACAUCGUGGACACUCAUUCAGGGCUGACUUUUUUAAAAGAUGCUCCUGAAUUCCAUUCCCGGUACAUCACAACAGUAAGUAACUUUAUUAAUGGCUCAAUGACACAGGCAGGAGCUAUGGGAAAGUCAGUGCAGAGAGAAGGAAGAAUGAGCUAUGCUGAGUUUGUUUGGUUCCUCAUUUCAGAGGAGGACAAAAAGAAUCCCACAAGUGUAGAGUACUGGUUCCGCUGUAUGGAUAUGGAUGGUGAUGGUGUUCUGUCCAUGUUUGAAUUGGAGUUUUUCUAUGAGGAGCAGUGUGAACGCAUGGAGGGGAUGGGCAUUGAACCACUGCCUUUCCAAGAUCUCCUGUGCCAGAUGCUGGACUUAGUUAAACCAGAAUGCCCAGGUAAAAUUACUCUUCGAGAUCUGAAGCGCUGCAGGAUGGCACAUAUAUUCUACGACACAUUCUUCAAUCUGGAGAAGUACCUGGACCAUGAGCAGAGAGAUCCCUUUGCAGUGCAGAAGGAUUUGGAUAGUGAUGGUCCAGAGCCCUCAGACUGGGACAAGUAUGCUGCCGAAGAGUAUGAGAUUCUUGUGGCAGAGGAGACGGCCAAUGAACAGCUACGAGAGGGAUCUUUCGACGACGCUUACGAGUCCGAUGAGCUCACAGUCUCCACAGACAUUGGAAAUAAAAUGGAUAAGCUGGUCAUAUCUGAUUUAUCGGGAUAAGUUGCCAUUUUUGUAUACACACCAUGACGUUGUAUGGAUAACCACCUCGCCAUAUUUUCCCUCACGUGUCAAAAAGGGAAAACGUUUUUCUACAUUUCACGGCAUUUGCGUGUGUGUGCAUGUGUGCAAUAGAACUAAUUCUAAACCCAAAAGGCUUCAGACACCCACAAAAAGGCUUUAUGUGCAAUAUGUCUUAACAUGUAAAUGUAAACUCAAUUGUUUUUCACUCUCUUACCGAUAGUCACAUCCACUCCCCUCAAACUAAACUGCCGGCUGGUUCCAUCCACCCUUCACAAAGACUUUGAUGUGAAACAAAAGGACUUUUUAGUAACUUUAGAAAGAGUUUAGAAUGUGCUUUAAUGUGAGUGAAACUAUAUGUAAUGCUGCCAUAUAUUUUUAAAGGGUGGGGAGGGGGAAAAAGAGAGACUUUAUACUUGUGUGGUACAUAACUCACAGAAACUAGUCCUCUCGCACUAAAUUAGACAUUUAAGACAUGAGAUCAGCACAUAUCCUGUGCUAUGCUAUGUUGCACAUUAUGUUUAAGGGACAUGACAAUGGUACACCCGUGUUGCUCACUGAUGGUAUUGCAUGUUGUUGCUUAAAAAAAAAAAAGACAGAAAGUUGUGACUUUUACAGUGUUUGAACUUCACUACAGACAUCGAACCUCCAUUUACAUAUUUCCAGAUGAACUGACCAGGACAAUCUUAGACUUGAAAGUGCUUUUUUGGAAAUGUCCUUUCUCGGCUAUUAUAAU